ACGUACGUUAACUUGUAAAAGCUGAACCACAUUUCCUGUUUAUAAGAAAGGAGGUGAAAAUAAAAGACUGGAGAGAUUUGAGAUUGACGGCAACUCUAAAGACAGGUUCAUGCUGCCAGGUUCCAAACAAAAAGAGUACCCAACAUCUGCCAACAUAACUUGAUUUCCUGUUGGAUAAAGGGGGAAUAAAGGGGAAUAUUCCUAGAAACAACAAAACCAGUUACAGGAAUGGACUGCCAUUUUUCUGUCUGGGGAGUUUUGGCCUUCCUUAGUUUGGCUCUGCUUGUUUCGUUGACAUUGAAUAUUUCACACUGUAUGAAAAAGAAGCAAGCUAAAAUGGAUAAAGACUACGAAGAGAACAAUCCAAGCUAUGAUGGCUAUCACACAGAAGAUUAUCCAGUUUAUGGCAAUCUCAAUCAAGAUAUUUUAGAAGAAUGUUGUUACGAGCAGAUGAAGUCCCAGCCUCAAAGACCAGUUAACCAGCUACAGGUGGAGUCUGCCAAUCAGAUGUGUUAUGCCUCACUUGAUCACAGUGUCAAGGGAAAACACAGAAAACCAAGGAGAAAGAAAGAUCCUUUAUUAGAAGAAAAUGAGGAAGAAAGAUCAUCUAAUCCCAUGGCAGCUUCCAAAAUUAUUUACCUCAAUAGUGAGCAGCUGGCGGCCGAAAACACGGCAAAAGUAGAAGCCAUUCAUGAUGACCCCAUCAGAUUAAUGGGCUUGAUUCAUAAUAAAAAAGGGGAGAACCGAAUAGGUAAUGAACCAAAUAUGUAACCAUAAAGUGAGAUUUGCUUUCUCACUCUGGGGGAACAAGGAAUGAUUAGAGAUAAUAUCCUGGAAAGCUGACAUAUUAAUCAGUGGUAUGAAAUGGUUAAGUGUUCCAAACUCUCUGCCAAGCAUAUUUAUAAACUAAGCAAGACAUAGGUCCAGGCUGCCUCUCAUGGAUCUGCUCUUCUGAAGACAAUGUAAAAGUUGCAGAAGUUGGUACUCAGCAUUCACAUGGUAGUGAUUCCAGUAAAAAUUGAUCCUGUUCUAAACAAGCAUCAGCUUUCAAGCAGUCCUAAAAGACCUCCUCACUGUCUAUAGAGCUCUAGCAGAGUACAGCUAUUCUAUAUUGACUUCAAUACUUUUGAAAUGAGAUUGUGUUUGGUACUUGCACACUUGGUGAUUAGUUGUUUUUACCCAUUAAGAACAGAUCUGUUGUUCCACACUGUGAACUUUCUGUGACUGGUCUAUGGCAAUGACUGGAGAAUAAUUUAACAGCUGAUUUAUAGUAUUAAUUGUACAUAUCACAAAACUUAGCAGUAUCUUCAUAUAGCCUUAAGUUUCCUCUAACAAUAUUGGAAUACGUCUCAUAUCUCAAUUCCUCUAUUAGUGUAACAUUGUACACAGCUGUAUUCAAGGGUCCACAAAGAUACUAUAAAACCAUCUCUAACAAUAAAUCUAGGGAGGAUUUCUUCCUUCUAAUACUCUGUGUUAUGUUUACAUUCCUAUUGUGUUUUCCACUGCCAUCCUUACAAACUGUUUUACAAACACAAACAGCUUUUUAUUUCCCCAAACCCUUCACUUACACUGUGCACAUUCAUUUGAAGACUAAACUCUUUAAAUGGUAAGUUUUAUAGAGUGGGUAUCUAUUUUUAUAUUCUGGGAAUCAUUAAGUAAUUGCUGCAGGAAACAAUAAAGCAAGUUGAUGUGUCUGCCUCUAGGUGUCAGACACUUCUGCCUUCUCAAGAACACAGGCUCUAGCAGCCUUUAAAAUCCACAAAGAGCAGUGCCAAGGAGCUUGGAACUCUGAAGCACACAGAGCCCUAAAGCUGUGUCAGGUCCUGAAAGAGAUAGACCUGGAAAAGAUCCACAGUACAGAGGGCCAAUACCUAACAGCAGAAGUGGAUGAAGACAUCAAAGGAUGAGACAAAUUUAUGGAGAGAAAAAAAAUCAAAAAAAUCAGUGGUUAAAUUCAACCUGUCAUUUCAAUCUGAUAACUAAUUUAAUAGAAAUAAAGUACCCACUUCUCUCACUGACUGUACAUGUAACAGUAAAUUCACUUCAUGGGAUUUAAGUCCAUUUAGUUACCUUUCUAUUCUAAGUCUUCAAUGUUUAGUCCAGCUAUGUGUUUAUGCUAGUUUUUAUCAGCUGCUUUGCCUCACAACAUAGUUUGUUCAAAGAGCAGGGCAUUUUUGUAAACAUUCUCCAUAUAUAUAUAUAUGUGCACACACUUCCUUUCCACAUUUAAUAACUAUCUCCAAUAGAAUUAUUGAUUGUGGCACUCAGACAGGAUGAUCUUUAAUAACCUUAUCAAUUAUUUCCAAGGCAUUUCUAAUACUGCCACAUUUAAAUUUAGCUUUAUUCUUUUGGCUCUUUAACCUGUAUCUGCUUAAAUAAGCAAUUGAGCGACCCAGGUUUUUUAUCAUGAGGUUUAUUUGGAGUAGUUUUUUGGGGUAGCUGAAUCCUUACAUGAAAAAGCAUGUUCAACACAGUUUAUGUAGGUCUUUCUCUAAUGCUUUGAAGAUGGAACAAUCAUAUUCUAAUUAAAUUCUUUAUAUAUAAAGCAAGUUUUAACUAAUUACAACAUAAGAGGAAGGGUUCUAGGUUUACACUGUCUCAGUAUCCUCAUCUGUUUACCACUGUUCCUUAAAAAAAAUUUUACAGGAAAGAGAAGCAGUGUAAAGUGUUUUUUAUUAAUAGCAAGCUUAGCAUUCAAGUACCAGUUCAAUGGAAAAGCAAAGAAUGAGUAAACAAGAGGAAAUUGGUGGAAAAAGCAAAACUAUUUGGAAGAGUAGAAGAAUGGAACUCAAAACACAAGAGAUCAGAUAGCACCAUGAACAUCUUUGUAUGUUCAGAAAGAUGUAUUCCAGCAGUAAUUAUAGCAUUUGAUAAUCACUGCAGGUGUACCUGGCUAAACAGUAUCAUUAGGAAAAACAAGACUUCUGCUUAUGUCAUAAUUUAAGAGUCUGCUCACUCACAUGGUGUAGGAAGAUCAACUCUAAAAAUAGAAACUUUGUCCCAUUUUUGCUACUGCUAGCACCCAAAACAUGGCAAAGAUUUUCCAAGAAUGACAUCUUUAAAUUAUUUCAAAGUAAUCUUCAUGAAGACAAUUUUGCUAGUUGAGUAAACAAACUUACCUUCCUUACCUGUGUGAGCUGCAUUAAAGUUGCUGUGUAGAAGUCAUAUCUAGAUUCAGAACAGGUCCAAACCCCAAUUCCAGUUGACUUCUAAGUUACUUUAGAACAGAAAACAAUGAAUUAUGCAAUCUCUCAGUACUGGUAUAUCAAGAAAUACUGGGAAAUAAUUACCUCAACAAAUCCAAGAGGAAGACAGUUCACAAAACAUAUUCCCUACAGUGCAUCCAUGUCUGGAAAAGGAAGAAAAAAAGAGACCCAAGUGCAUUUCUAAAAGACAAUAUUUUAUUGUUAUCAUGGAAAGAAAUGUAAUAUCCAAAUUAUAAAGGAUGGAAUGUGUGUGCAGAAGUUCUUAUUGCAGAGAAAACAUCACUAGAGCUGGUUUCUUGUCCUAUUCAAGAACAAUACUUCUGAUAAGAUUUUGACUUUAAGAGCCAAAAUAAAAUUCUCCUGUGUGUCUGGAAAUAAAGUAAAGCCAAAGAAAACAAAUC